CAGGUGGACCUGACCCAGUCGGUCGGUCAGUCGCAGGGGGAUGUGCCUGGGGAAGAUGAAGACCUGCCUGCUGCCCGGGGUGGCCCUCUGCCUCUUGCUGGUGCCUCUGGUGGGGGCCAAGCCUGUGCAGGAUGAGGGAGACCCAUAUGCCGAGCUGCCGGCCAUGCCCUACUGGCCCUUCUCCACCUCUGACUUCUGGAACUACGUGCAGUUCUUCCAGACAAUGGGGGCCUACCCCCAGAUCGAGGACAUGGCCCGCACCUUCUUUGCUCACUUCCCCCUGGGAACCACCCUGGGCUUCCACGUCCCCUAUCAGGAGGACUGAGGGGUCCCCAGCCUGGCGCCCUGGCCUCAUCAAUAAACUCCUGACUUA